AUGUUGCAUUGGGUUAUCGCAGGGGUGACUCUUUUGGUCAGUCAAUGGUCCACUGGUUACGCGUUCCGGCGUGCGUGUGACGCCCCCAUUCUGAGAACGCUACCAGCUCUUCGUGCGCCCCUUUACGGAAAGAACCGUCACUGCGAUCGCAUGAAACGCAUACGCCGCGACCAGUACUUCUAUGGUCGUCGUCGUGACCUGGAUGCACUGCGUGAACCCGGUGGGUUGGAACACGCAAUGAGCAUCCAGCGGCAUGCACUGUCGGUUGUUUUUGGCCGACCGCUUUCUCAGCGGCUUGGUGACGGAGGAGUCAUCCCCUACCUAUCGGACGCAUCUGACAAGGCUGCACACGUGCGAGAAUACUUCGGAAUUCGCAGCGGCGAAGCGGGUGAAGUUGCCGAUCUUUGCGCCAGCGUUGCGCGCCACCCCGCUACGCCCAGAGGCGAAUUCAAAGGCAAACCACCGAUGAUGGAGCGUGUUUUCUAUCGCGAACCCUCAGUACCGGAAGAAGAGGCGGAGUUCAACCGCGCCGCCGACUACCAAUCGGGCAUGGCUCCACUCACCCCUCAACUUGGUGCCAACGACCGCGAACACCGCUUCUACAGCGGGCUUUGGACCGAGGUUGUAUUUAGGAAGUUGCCUAAACAGCUAGUAGACGAGUUGAAAGGCAUGGAAAUCGAUGCGAAGCAGGGCAGAGUUGACGGAAGUAAGCUGCGCCGUAAAACCGCCAGCUUCCCUGGGCUCUCCGACCCCGAUGAUUCCGGCACUUCGGGCACCCCGCCUACCCCCGGCGAAUAA